CAGAACACUUACGCACGUGUGAAUGGACCCUAAAGGAAAGGACGUCUGUGGACCCCGGUCUUCUCUUGACGUGGUGAGAGGGAAUACACCUGGAUUUUAAGAGGAGGGAAAACGCGCGGUCUCAUUUAUCCACUUAUGCUCCAUGUGAACUGAACCCACAUCACUUUGGAGACUCGCUGCGCAUUCCAUCUACUUACGGGCUGGAAGUAUUUUAUUGUUUUAUUAUUGCACGCUUCAUCAUAAAUUAGACGUAUCUAACGGCAGUGCAGAGGGGUACACUGAGACCAGCGUAAAAAGCCGGUCUUAGUAAAUGUGCCCCGCUAUGUUUUCCCAGCAUUCUAUGGACAGAAAACAAAUACUGUGAAAAAAAGUUUUUUUGUUUUAGUUUUUUUGUUUUAGUUUUUUUGUCACUUGACACAUACUGAAGUAAUACAUUAGGAUUUACUGUGUCAUUGUCGUGUCCCCGGUCAGAUGAUUAGAUGGCGGUGAAUACUGCAUUGACAGUCACUCCUACUCAGGCUGGGCAUUAUGUUGGUGUAGUUUGAUGCACAGGUGCGGGGGUCAUGUGACAAGCUGGCAUCACCAAGUGUGUCAGCAGGAUGGUGGCACUGCAUCCUAAGAGCGGGGACGGGGCUAGAUCUUCAUGGUGACGAACAAAAAUAGGGAAUGUAAAAGGAAAGAGUGUAAAGAAGAAGGCAGCACAGGAGCAGCUGUGAGUCAGGAGGAGGGGUGGUCCAUGAGUGAGCGUUCCCUCCCAUCGUUCAGACUCAGCUGCAGGAGGGUGACAGCAAACAGCUGAAAUAAAAGGCUUCCCUUCCUAUAUCGGAGCAGCCUGAUAAGGCCCCCUUGUAUAGGUGGAGGGGGGGGGGGCACUGAGAUGGAUUUGGAGGUGAGUAGCCCUCCUGCCUGCUCGCUGGCUUCCCUGCCCCCUGCUGUUUAUUCUGCAUGAAUGAAUGGAUCAAGCAAUGAUGCUGGCUCAUCCUCUCAUGGCUGCCAGCACGGCAAGUAACUCGAACCGAAGCUCGCCAGCCUGCUCCCCCAUCCUGCGCAAGCGCUCCCGCUCUCCGACUCCCCAACAGAGUGAAGGAGAAGUCAUGGUGGAGAAAAGCUUGGACCAUUUGUCAGACAAAUCUCCUCCAACCCCAGAACCUGGUGUGCAGCGGAGCGGAUCGUCUCAGUCAGGUCGUAGCGGAAGCAAAAAUUCAAAGUAUGACAGACUUAACCUCAUCAAAAAGAGCCAGAGCUGGUACAAUGUAUUGAGUCCAACAUAUAAACAGAGAAAUGAGGAUUUUCGGAAGCUCUUUAAACAGCUGCCAGACUCUGAACGUCUCAUUGUAGAUUACUCCUGUGCACUGCAGAGGGAUAUCUUACUGCAGGGACGUCUCUACCUGUCCGAGAAUUGGAUUUGCUUCUACAGUAACAUCUUUCGCUGGGAGACUCUGCUGACCGUACGGUUAAAAGACAUCUGCUCAAUGACGAAGGAGAAGACAGCAAGACUCAUUCCCAAUGCAAUCCAGCUUUGCACAGACACUGAAAAGCACUUUUUUACAUCAUUCGGGGCUCGAGAUCGAACCUACAUGAUGAUGUUCCGUCUCUGGCAAAAUGCCUUACUGGACAAGCCGUUGUGCCCAAAGGAAUUGUGGCAUUUUGUCCACCAGUGUUAUGGCAAUGAGCUGGGCCUGACCAGUGAUGAUGAAGACUAUGUACCUCCAGAUGAUGACUUUAACACCAUGGGCUAUUGUGAAGAAAUCCCUGUGGAGGAUGUAGAAGUAAACGACAAUUCUUCUAAAAGCAGCGGGGAUAUUAAGCCAGAAACUAACUGCAACCUCCAGGAGCCAUCUCUUACAAGCAGUAAUGUGACAUCCACCACCAGUAGUGACCCCCCCACGUUUGAUGUGGGCCUACUUGAUGACCUUGACAGCUCAUUAGAGAGGGAGAUGCUUUUUGCAAACCUUGAGGAGCAGAAGGUGGAGCUUCUCCUGCCUGUCACCUCUCCAUCCUUGGACUUUAAUGAUAACGAAGACUUGCCCACCGAGCUCAGUGACUCCUCUGAAACACAUGAUGAAGGUGAAGUGCAAGCAUUUUACGAGGACCUAAAUGGCCGGCAGUAUAUCAACGAGGUCUUCAACUUUAGUGUGGACAAGCUGUUCAGUCUCCUUUUCACAGAAUCUCAGUUCCAGAGGGAUUUCAUGGAGCAAAGGAGGUUUACAGAAGUUAUAUUUCAUCCAUGGAAAAAAGAAGAAAAUGGAAAUCAGACACGGGUUAUCUUAUACACCAUUGCCCUGACAAAUCCUCUGGCGCCAAAAUCGGCAACUGUAACAGAAACGCAGACAUUAUACAAAGCUAGUCAGGAAAGCGAAUGUUAUGUGAUUGAUGCAGAAGUACUGACACACGAUAUCCCUUAUCAUGAUUACUUCUACACCAUCAACCGAUAUACACUGACCCGAGUGGCCCGGAACAAGAGCCGGUUAAGGAUUUCAACAGAGCUUCGUUACCGAAAACAGCCGUGGGGCCUUGUCAAGACGUUUAUUGAGAAAAACUUCUGGAGUGGUCUUGAUGAAUAUUUUCACCAUUUAGAGAAUGAACUGACCAAAGCAGAGACUGCUUACCUGUCUGACCUACAUCGGCAGUCCCCCAAAGAAAAGAGCACCAAGAUCACAUCUACGCGUCGCAGGAAGCGUCCUCAUACUCACUUGAGAAUCCCUCACCUGCAAGACGUGCUUAGCCCAGUUACCACUCCUACAGAUGAAGAGAGGCAACAUCGAGUACGACAUGUAGCAGGUUCCACUCAGACGCGACAUGUUCCUGAGGAAAAACAGAGUCAUCUGCAGAGCAUCUCCAAACUCCUGCUGGUCAUCAGCUGCGUUCUGGUGCUGUUGGUCAUGCUGAAUAUGAUGCUGUUUUACAAGCUGUGGAUGUUGGAGUACAGUACACAAGCACUUACUACGUGGCAGGGCCUCCGAAUACAUGAAAGCUCAGUCCCACAGUCGCAAGCCGAAUGGACCCAGCUAUUAGAGACUCAACAGAAACACCAUGACUCUGAACUUCAGAAGUGGAGGCAAAUCAUAAGGUCUUCAGUGAUGCUGCUGGAUCAGAUGAAGGACUCCUUGAUAAAUCUUCAGAAUGGAAUUGUUUCUCGAGACAUUAGCUCAGAAUCGGAGGACAAACCAUACCAAUGAAGGUCCUGGGAAUGGACGGAAGGAGAUAGUGUGCAAUAUAUGUAUAGAGAAGAUUUAUAUGUAGAUACAUAUAUAUAUGUAUACUAUGGAUACAGAUUUAUAUUCUAGAAUGAAUUUUAAAAGUGAGCGGCUGCACUGAGGCGUUGUCUUCUCCAGCUGCAAGAGACUAUUGGCUCAGAGAUACUGGGAAUGGUGUUUCUGACUUUAUUUUCUCAGCGUUACUGUUUUGAAGAAAGAUUGAAGAAGCACUUCCUCCAUACGAGGGCUUUUCUCAACCAAGUGUACAACUCUGCGUCAUUGCUCUACCUCCGACACCUGCAAACCUUGCUGAUGUCAGCCUGACCCUGCCAGGCACCACAGAAGUCUAUGCUGGUGCUCAAGUGGAUAGGUGCUGAGGAGACAACACAGGCACCCCCAGAUCUAGAAGCUGAAGAGGAGUACGGAGCAAAAGGCACAAUCGCUCCAAACGGUUAUCUUGUUUCAUCACAAACUCUAGGACAAAUCCGUGAAGACUCCACUGCCACCGAGCACUUGUCCAUCCAACCUUGACAGUGCGGAAUCUGAGACGUGUCCUGUCUCUGAAAUGGAGCAAUACAUGGGAGAAGCGAGUUUUUAUAAUAAUUUUUUUUUUCUUAGUAAUUUAAAGCUUGAAUAUUAGGGAUUUAUUUGUCUUACUUUUCAAAUAUGUUAAUUCCAUCUUUGGAAUAAGUUGGGGUGCCUACAGCUCUUCUUCAACUAGCGGCUGCAGGGUUUUAAAUCUGCUCUGAGGAACCUUGUCACACCAAUGUUUGGUGGUUACAACUAGUAACUUUUUUUUUUUUUUUUUCUAGACUCCAGUGAGUUUCAUCAGUGGUGGUUCUUCCUAAAUACAAUGAGGGAAAAUAUUCUUAUCAGUGUGGGGUCCUUGCACAGGAGACCAUACUUAUAAUAGAACUGGCUGGGCAUCUGGUGAACUUACUGGUUCUAGCCUGAUUUGAUGGCCAAUGGCCAGAAAACCAUGCUGGGACUUUUGCUUAACAGCUGCCAGGCCUCAAGUUGGCAUCUUCUAGAAUACAUGAGCAAAAUAGGAUUUCUAGCAGUCCCAUUGCAAAAUUUAUUUGGUCAAUUACCAGUGAAAAUGCCUCAUUAGGUCCGAUUAAGAUAAUUAUACAUUUGUGAUUGCCAGUAAACAAGGGGAACACAUCUCGGAGGAGUUUCCUGAGUCUUGUAUCCCACAUUGUAUUUAGUGUGAUGCCACCUCACCCCUGCUUCAAGUUUCUUAUGAUGACUGUUCAUCAAAACAUGAAUGUGUCUGUUUAGAUGAAAAACAAAUCUAGUAUAUGAGGGAACGCUGCUAGAAAUUAUGGGAAAACCUUAGACGUUGAUGUGGAUCAGCCAGCUGUGCAGGAGGGAUCGCGCUGUGUCUCUAGCUUCUGCACCUUUUAGAAAGGGCUUUCUGUUGACCAGCAGGCUUUGGUUGACACUGCCAUAUAUCUGCUUAGUGGAGCUGAGGCUCCUGUAUCUGGUAGCUGGCUGCCUGUGUUGCAUAAUGAAGGGGCGUAUAUCUGGAUCAGGAGUGUAUGCGUUCCGUUGUCUAUGACCUGGCCAAACUGUGUCAUGAUUAUUAAUUCCAUUAGUGGCAACCCAUUGAAGGUCAAUAGAAGGCUUUUUUCAGACGUUGCAUCACAGGUUUUUGGUGCCCCCUCCCUCCUUGAAGCAUGUGUAUCCUUUUGCAACCCAUGUUUUAUUCUUCCACUGCAUUAAAAUAAAACUGUAAGCAACUCUGCAUGUAGUCUUGAUUAAAACAAUAUCCUACCUUCCAUGAUUUUGGCAUUGUAUCUUUGUGGUUACAGACCAAAUCACACGCAUUAAAUGAUUCUGCUGUCUUCUUCCUCUGUCUCCUCUUCUACCACCCAUGGGCUGAGAGAGUAACACAUGACUGCAAGAUCAGACUACAGACAGUUUGUAGUCUGUUACCACGGAGGAACCAUAGAUCUGCACAAGAGCUGUGGGAGAUUUUUAAUCGAGACUAUUUGCAAUGUUGCUUUAUUUUGUUAUUUUUUUGAUGCAUUGGAGCACUAAAUCGGUUGCAGAUGGAAAUGCUCAUGUGAGAAAUGCAACGUCUGGAGUUUCUGGACCAAGCUGUCGGCCAAGUCAUCUCAAUGGUGUACUGUGUCGCAAAAAUUAUACUUGUUCUUCCAAGUCCAUUGAGCAGAGAUUGUGAUUCCAAAGAUUGCUUAACGGUAACUUCAUUCUGCUGCUCGCUCCCUCUGCCUGGCUUUUCCUUAGACGUGAAAGUUAGAGCAGACUGAACAAUUGAGUAUAUAGGGUCAUAGACAAUUGGCCACGGCCAGAAGCCACUACAGCAGGUAUACUGGACUACUGUAUUUAUCGUUAUUUAUUAUGAUGGUUCUGUAAUUACUCACGAUUGCACCCCUUUUCAGGCAGUCCCUAUCCAUGCCCCUCCACCACCCAGCCAACAUCUUGUACUUUGCACUGAUGCUCUUGGUUUUUAUUGCUUUUAUAUUAUACAGACUUUCCAGUCUUGAGAUGUUUUGAUCCCAUAGUCGAUCCCUUACCUAAUUUCAUGAUGGCUGUGCACAAAUCUAAAAUCUAUAUUUAUAAUGCAUCGAAUUUAGUUAGGAUUUGUGGGCAGGAAUGAUGAUAUGAAGUAAAAAUCCCUUAUUUCGUGUACACAAUAUACAGUAUAUAUUCACCUUUUAUGAUGUGUUCUUUUCCCUUUGCAUGGAUAUUAAUCAAAUGCAAGGAUAUCACUUUAGGUUUGCUGAGAAUUGCCUAAAAAGGCUGCCUUUUUCAUAAGCAUUUAACUUGCUGAAUUCCGACCUGCACUUUUAUCUGGGACAUGACAUGAGACAUUGGGACAUGGUGACCUGAUAAGUGAUCGACCGCAUUUCUCCUCCAUGUCCUAGUUAAUGUUUUCCUCCUGCUUGCCUUCCAUGCUGGGAUAUUGUGCGGCCCCCACCGCUGUGCUAAUGAUAAUAAUGGUGAUGGUAAUGGGGAGUAUGAAUGUAACCCUAUGUGAGCCUUGCUGCUAUUUUUGGUUUUGCCUUUGUGGUAAUGUGAUCUUAAGGUUUCCUGUCCUUGGCUGUAUCCCCAGAUUUUCUUUUCCACGUGCUCCGUGUUUUAGGGGUUAAGGGCAUUGGGCUGACACGUCCGGGUGAUAGCAUAUUGCACAAUAGGAUGCUGCAUGCCAACACGUAGCAAAAGCUUAGUCCCUAAGAUAAGAGCUUGGGCUUCAGAGUCUAUUUCAAAGCUCCUGAGAUUCUGGUGCACAGUGUAACUAAUAGCGUGAAUUAUACCCUGUCAUUUAUACAGAGCUAUGCACAGCUUGGAUUCAGUAAUCACCUAAUGUACUUUACAGCAUACACAAUAGGCAAGACAAUUAAAGAGGAGCUGUCACUUCUCCUGACAUGUCUGUUUCAGUAACUACAUGCAUUCCCCAUGUAAUUCUGGAGCAUCUAUUCUUAUGACUCCAUGAUGUGCCCUUCCUUUAUUAUUCCUGCUAGAAGUUAUGAAUGGAUUGCUAGCAGUUUGCAUUUAAGUUCCAGAUGGAAGAUGGAUGUUACCAGAUAAUGUCAGCCUGUGCAGGGACACACGCCCAUUUGGUAACAUCCAGCUGGAUCUUUAUUGUAAACUGCUACUAAUUCAUUCAAAACUUGUAGCAGGAAUAAAAAAGGAUUUACACAUCACAGUCCU